AUGGCGACUAUAGCCGACAAACCAGCGAGCAGUCCCAAGCCAGUAGGACAGGCAAUAGAUAUUUUCACAGACGAUACUAGUGAUAGUGCGUUUUUUGACAGUUUAGGAGUUGGCACAGAAGAAUCCGAGCAGUCCUCAACUCCUACUUCGAUACCGCGCUCGGACUCGGUAUCAACUCAAAAGCCAUCAUCACCUAGUCCAAAGGCAUUGCCUGUUCAAUGUCCAUUUCCCGGGUGCGCCGGCGAGAACAAACCCAAAGCAAAGUUCUGUUGUGAAUGUGGUCGAUCGCUUGGCGUUGCAUCGCGGGCGGAUACUCCGAGCAUUAACAUAUCGGCUGCCUCGAGUCCGACAGUUGGAUACAACCAGGGAUACGGACAGACUAUGACGGGAAAUUUAUAUAUGAAUUCACUAGCAUCUCAUUCAUCCACAUCGUUCACUCAGCCAAUGUCACCAACUAUGCCAUAUGGAAUGGUUGCUGCAUCAUAUUCUACGGCAUCGCUAGGGCAGCCUCUUUCUCCCACAAUGCCUUAUGCUCACCAAGAGCAUUCGUUCUCUUCUACCUCGUUCAUUCAACCAUUGCCAUCUGCUUAUGAUGGCAUGACCGCAGGUCACGAUUAUACGAGACAAAGCACUUAUGGCUACGACGCAUUGGAACCAAUACAAGAUAUGCUUGAACGACAUCGAGGGUGUCCCGUCGUUGCGUUUGGUUUCGGAGGACAGCUGUUGACAAUGUUUCCUCGCACCGUACAGCGAUUCACCAGUACAGAUGGAGAUAUGCCCGUUACUAAAACAGCUCCCGGCGCAAUCACAAUUCGCACUAUCAAGGACGUCAUACCGUCCUCUGAGAUCCUGUCGUUCCCUGGCCCCUUGUUGGACAACAACAAGGGAGGAAUCAAGGCAAAACGCAAAGAACUGACGAAAUAUUUGGAUGAUAAUAUCCAAAUACAAGAAGAUAAAGUCAAUUCAUUCGCUGGUGAUGAAGUAAAUAAAAGUAGCCUCGAAGCUACAAUUCUUAUCUGGAAGUUAUUGAAGUUAAUGAUUGAGCAUGAUGGCGCUUUAGUUGGAAAUCCGAAGAUCGAAGAGGCUGUUCGUAACCUACUAGUACCUAUGAAAGACAAAACUGGCGAUGGCUCUACUGAUAAUUUCACAAUCCCAGCCGAUGUAACAUCGUUUGAUGCUAGCGAUAACAAGGAAACGGAAGAGAAGACCAUCACGUAUACAGUGUCGAAGGAUUCCGUGGAUAAAUUACAGGAACUGUUGCUCAAAGGCGAUCGUACUGCUGCUGUUAACUAUGCAAUGCAAGAGAACUUGUGGCCUCAUGCUAUGAUAAUCGCGAGUUGUGUUGACAAAGUCACGUGGAAGAAUGCGGUGAGUAGUUUUAUCAGACAAGAAUUGAGCGACAAUCCAUGUGAUGACGACAAAUCAAAUGGAAGAGAAAGUUUGAGAGUAUUAUAUUCUCUGCUCUCAGGGCAAGGGCGUAAUGCAGUCGAGGAAUUUCUUCCUCACACGCCUCUUCUUAGAAGAAUCUCCCAAGUUCCACUUACGCCCGUGCCAGUGAUAUCGCCACUUCUUUCUACUACGACGCAAACCUCCCCAACUACUUCUGUGCCGUAUUCUCCAUUGCCUACAACUCCGCAUUAUACGCCAGAGACAUCCACGGCAUCUUAUGAAAGUCUCUCCAAAUGGCGUGAGACGCUUGCUAUGAUACUGGCCAAUCACGUCCCUGGGGAUAGCCUGGCUAUUACAGGACUGGGAGACAUAUUGCGAGAGAAUGGGUGGAUUGGUGCAGCGCAUGUUUGCUACAUGUUAUCACCUCAGUCAUCAACUCACUCUGGCAUUGAUAUUCCUACUUGUCGAAUGAGCCUUUUAUCAGUAGACUACCUUCACCAACAGUCUACUUUCUUUCAUAACUGCGAUGCGAUCCGGCUUACUGAAAUUUACGAGUUUGCACGCUCACUACAAGGUGACAGUGAUGGUUGUUUACCAUUCCUACAAGCUUAUAAACUACUUUACGCUUGGUGGUUGAUCGACUAUGGACAUGUGAAUGAAGCAAAACGGUAUUGCGAGUCAAUAGCAAACACUGUGAAAGUGUACACAAAAGGUUCUCAAUAUUUCCACCACUGUUUCUUGCAGAGUCUGAAAAAGCUCACUCAACGUCUUCUGGAACAUAACAGUAACGGCACGAAUAAUGGGAACAACGAACAAUCUUCAUGGCUCUUUGCCAAGAAAAUGCCAAAAGCAAGGCUCGACUCGCUCUGGGACUCUCUCGAAGGCAAAUUCAACAAAUUUGUUGCUGGCGAUACUAAUGAUGCACCAGGCAAAAAACAACAGACAGAGUCAGCAGAGGUUGUUGGUCCAUUCUCUCACUUUAGUAGCACAGCUCAUCCAUCCGCAGAUGGAGUAAUACCAACGAGAAGCGCAUCUGCUUCAGACUUCAGAACCACAGAUAUUAAUCAACGGCGAUCCGCAACUCCGAGUGCUAUUCCUCAAAAACAGGUGUUCAAACACCAUAGGAGGUCAUCUACUCCUGGAGCUAGUUUACAAGGUAUGGUAAAUGGGCUCAAUGGGGCCCAUAUUGAUACACAGAAUUCUAUGGCACCGGUCCCUGAAAGUGCGCAGGCGUACGUUGCUUCGCCCACUGACGAGCGAAACGGUUAUUUUGGUUUCUUUGGACGUGAAAGUCUUGACAUUCAAGAUGCAAAUCGAACAAUGAGUCCUAAUGGGGGACAUGGAGGGCAACAGCCAAUAGCAUACGAUCAAUCGUUAGCCGCUUCCGGUUACCCAUACUCGGCAGAACCAAGUGAUAUCUCUCAGCAACAACCACUACAACCACAACUAAAAACACAACAACCACUACAACAAUCACUACAAACACAACUACAAACACAACAGCCACUACAGCAAACACAACAACCACUACAACAAACACAACAAUCACAUCAUCAACCAAUUAUGUAUAACAUUCACACUACUCAACCGGAUAAUGGCAUCAACGCUACCGACUCUUCAUCUUCAUGGUGGAAUGACAACAUAUCCCCAACAGAAACUGAUACCAGCGGCCGCGGACAUCAUCCACGGGAUUCCAUACAAUCUGACACGUUCGGUUCGGGCGAGUUUAUCUCGCCAAUGGGCAACGCUACUCCAUUUGUGCCCGCCAUCUCUACAUCCUUUGUCGCAAAUGCAUCGAAUAAUAGUAAUGUCAGCACAUGGAAUGGCGACGGUGAUGAUCUCGGAUUAGGGAAUAAUUCAUUAGGAGGGAAAAAAAAGCGUGAAACAGGUGCUGAAGCAGAAGUUGCUGAUGGAAACGAACAGAAUGCAAGUGAAAGCAAUGUGACUAGAGCAGUCGAAGAGAAGUCAAAAGAGGAGAAUGAUCAAGAGAAAAAGACUGAUGGCAGAUGGUUUUCACGUUGGUUUAGUAAGAAAGAGACAACCGCAAAAACGGCCAAUCUUGGCGAGGAGAGUUCGUUCUAUUACGAUCCUGUACAAAAACGAUGGGUGAAUAAGAAGGUAGAAGCAGAGUCUCCAUCGACUCUAAUGCCGCCACCGCCACCGCCAACCCGUGCACGAACUACAUCACCAACGCCGUCGGAAUCAAUGAACAAGCAGGCGAAUCGCGUGUCGCUUCCACCUGCUCCAUAUCCGAACGGAUUACCUGGUAUUUCUGCGACGCCGCCACCAGGUGGUCAGAGGAAAACAGGCACAGGAAAGAAACAUAGGCCACGUUACGUGAAUAUCAUGGAUCAAAUGCA